GUUUCUUUUCUAUUCUCCGCGGGCGGAACCAAUCCUAAACUCCGUGUGCAACACGACGGGUUUUAUCGGCUACACCGGAUCGUCGCUCGGUGAAGCUAACCGGGAAGCAUGCCGAAGUUUUACUGUGACUACUGUGACACCUACCUCACACAUGACUCGCCGUCGGUGAGGAAAACCCACUGUAGUGGUCGAAAACACAAAGAGAAUGUGAAGGACUACUAUCAGAAAUGGAUGGAGGAGCAGGCCCAGAGCCUCAUCGAUAAAACGACGGCUGCGUUCCAACAAGGAAAGAUUCCUCCAACGCCUUUCCCUGGAGGCCCUCCACCAGGUGGCCCCCCACGGCCAGGCAUGCUUCCCACACCCCCCAUGGGAGGCCCCCCCAUGAUGCCAAUGAUGGGCCCCCCUCCCCACGGAAUGAUGCCCGGCGGUCCAGGAAUGGGCAUGCGGCCCCCAAUGGGAGGCCACAUGCAGAUGAUGCCGGGACCUCCCCACAUGAUGCGGCCCCCCCGACCUAUGAUGAUGCCUGUGCGCCCAGGAAUGAUGCGACCAGACAGAUAAAAACGUUUUUCUAUUUUAAAUUUU